AUGGAAGAGGAACAACUUCUUGAUUACGAAGAGGAGCAGGAGGAGAUUCAGGAGAAGCAAGAGGUUGGCGGAGGCGAUGCCAAGAAAACCAAGGGAACAUAUGCCUCAAUCCAUUCGUCUGGAUUCCGUGACUUCCUUCUGAAGCCGGAAAUUCUCCGUGCUAUCGGAGAUUGCGGUUUUGAGCAUCCAUCGGAAGUGCAACAUGAGUGCAUUCCUCAAGCCAUUCUCGGCAUGGACGUCGUUUGUCAAGCGAAGUCCGGAAUGGGUAAGACCGCAGUCUUCGUUAUCACCACUCUUCAGCAGCUCGAGCCAGUUGACGGCGAGGUGUCGGUUGUUUGCAUGUGCCACACUCGCGAAUUGGCCUUCCAAAUCUCCAAGGAAUACGAGCGGUUCAGCAAGUAUCUCCCAGGAGUGAAGGUUGCCGUCUUCUUCGGAGGAAUGGCUAUCAAGAAAGACGAGGAGCGUCUUGCUAACGACUGUCCACAUAUCGUCGUUGGAACUCCAGGAAGAAUGUUGGCUUUGGCUCGCUCCGGAAAGCUGAAGCUUGACAAAGUCAAGUAUUUCGUUCUUGACGAAUGCGACAAGAUGAUCGGAGAUGCUGAUAUGCGCCGUGACGUUCAAGAAAUCGUCAAGAUGACUCCACAACAAAAGCAAGUGAUGAUGUUCUCCGCCACACUGCCGAAGGAGCUUCGCGCUGUUUGCAAGCGAUUCAUGCAAGACCCAAUGGAAGUCUAUGUCGACGAUGAAGCUAAGCUCACUCUCCACGGACUUCAACAACACUACGUCAAGCUGAAGGAAGCAGAGAAGAAUCGAAAGCUGCUGAAUCUUCUCGAUGCUCUCGAGUUCAAUCAAGUCGUCAUCUUCGUCAAGGCCGUGAAGCGUUGUGAGGCCCUUCAUCAACUUCUCACAGAACAGAACUUCCCAUCGAUUGCUAUUCAUCGUCAAAUGGCUCAAGAAGAGCGUCUGUCUCGAUACCAAUCAUUCAAGGACUUCCAAAAGAGAAUCCUUGUUGCGACUGACUUAUUCGGACGUGGAAUGGAUAUUGAGCGUGUGAACAUCGUCUUCAACUACGAUAUGCCAGAGGAUUCUGACUCAUACCUUCACAGAGUCGCUCGUGCUGGACGUUUCGGAACCAAGGGUUUGGCCAUCACAUUCGUCUCGGACGAGAACGACGCCAAGACUCUUAACAGCGUUCAAGAUCGCUUCGACAUCAGCAUCACAGAGCUCCCAGAGAAAAUCGAUGUAUCUACUUACAUCGAGGGAAGAACCAACUGA